UAUAUAAAUCAAGAACCUGUUAUGCUUUACGUUGUUCAGGUUGGCGAAGGGCGAGCACUCUAUAACCUGGGCAAUGUGUACCACGCACAAGGGAAGCACCUAGGCCGCAUUGGGCCCCAAGAGCCGGGUGGAUUUAGCGAUGAAGUCAAACACUGUCUUCAGAAAGCAGUGGAAUAUUAUGCUGCUAACCUACGUUUGAUGGAGGAGCUGUCAGACCGCUCAGCCCAGGGGAGGGCGUGUGGUAACCUUGGGAACACUCACUACCUCCUGGGAAAUUUCACUCAGGCGAUUGGAUAUCAUAAUGAGAGAUUAACAAUCGCAAAAGAGUUUGGCGACAAGGCAGCAGAGAGGAGAGCGCACAGUAACCUAGGAAAUGCUCACAUAUUUCUUGGGGAAUUCGAGACUGCAGCAGAGCAUUACAAAAAAACCUUACAGCUCGCCCAAGAGCUUAGUGACCGUGCUGUGGAGGCCCAGGCCUGUUAUUCCUUAGGCAAUACAUACACAUUAUUACGUGACUAUCCCAUGGCGAUCCAUUACCACCUGCGGCACCUGGCCAUCGCGCAGGAAUUAAACGACAAAGUGGGAGAAGGACGAGCUUGCUGGAGUUUAGGGAAUGCAUACUCGGCUACUAAUGCCCACGAGAAGGCCCUUCAGUAUGCCAACAGACACUUAGACAUAUCCAAAGAGAUUGGGGACAAAACAGGCCAGGCAGCGGCACAGAUGAACCUCACAGACAUUAGGAAGGUUUUGGGGCUUCCUCCCACAACCAAUGACACGUCAGAGUCGGCAGACGAUGCCAAGUCGCGCACGCGUAGGAAGUCCAUGGAGAAUAUGGACCUCCUGAAGAUGACGCCGGAUGCCAAAGGCGUCCUUCGGAAAUACCAGAGCGAAGACGCCGGUAUUGGCUCCCUGUCCUCAGAUGACUCUCACCCUGUUAAUGGUCCUUCCUACACAGCUAGUCCCCAUGCUGAUAAAAAUACGUCAGUGAAUGAGGAGUCGAGCAUGGAUGAAGACAGUUUCUUUGAGCUCCUCUCCAGGUUCCAGAGCAAGCGCAUGGACGACCAGAGGUGCACGCUCUCCAUCGACAGCAACAAGGAGAACCAGCCGGAGCAAGUGCAGCAGCCGGUUGUGCCCCGGAGGGAGGGUGGGUCGGUGUCGUCCACGGGCUCCACCAAUGGCACAACAACCCCCUCCGAUAGUGGUGCAAAUAACUGCGGUGUGUUGGAAGAGUUAAUGGAGAGCAUUGCGGGAAUGCAGAGCCGGCGUAUGGAUGAGCAGAGAGCUUCGUUACCUCAGCUCCCUGGCUUGAACAACCAGCAUGCCAUUCUGCAGCGCCUGUCCGUUGCGGCCAGUGAUUCCACCCCAUUGCCUGACGACAACUUCUUUGACAUGCUGAUGAGAUGUCAGGGCUCGCGCAUCGAGGACCAGCGUAGCUCCCUUCCAAAUGAGGGUCAUCUCACCCACUCAGCCCCCACUGUGCCUGACGAUGACUUCUUCUCCCUCAUCAUGCGGUUCCAGUCAGGCCGGUUGGAGGAUCAGCGGUCCACGAUGCCCCUGGAGGCCACACGCAACAGCACACACCCAACGGCAGAUGAGGAGGAGGCCCCAGCCAAUGGCCAGAGCACAGGGGCCAAGGAUGGCCUAGUCAGCAGACUGGUCAAAGGCAGAAAGUGAGAGGAGCUUGUAGAUUAUGGGAAUACAGUAUUUUUUAGGUAUUUUUGACAAUGUGUAUGAAUUCAGAAGGCGUAUUUGAGCACAUGAUUUCUCCCCGAGGUGUGCUUGGGUCAGUCAUAUUUACCUGACGUAUUUAUGUGUAAUGUUAAAUACUUAUGAAGAGUUGAAUUCUAUUAUAUCAAGGAUAAAUGUAGAAUAAAUGAAUCUGGUAAAGUAUAAUUAUCAUCAUGUUUACAUGGAAAGACUGAUGAUUAUUAAAUGUAAGAUAAGAGUGUUAUCUAACGUAGAUGAAGAUUAAAGUUUUCCAAAACCCACACUGUUAUUAUUGAAGAUGAUAAAACACACACACACACACACACACUCUCUCUCUCUCUCUCUCUCUCUCUCUCUCUCUCUCUCUCUCUCUCUCUCUCUCUCUCUCUCUCUCUCUCUCUCUCUCUUUCUCUCUCUCUUUCUCUCUCUCUUUCUCUCUCUUUCUCUCUCUCUCAAACACUCACAUUUACUCACAUUCACAUUUACCAAAUGGUCCAAAUGAAAUGCCAACAAGAAUGCCUAUCUGUACAUCUGUCCAUUUUAUUUAGACAGAGGUUUCAUGAAUAUUGAAUUUUGAUGCUAUUUGGUGCAGGAGUAUAAUGCCAAGGAGGAGAAGAAGGCCCGAGGGCUCACAAUGCAGUCGUAUCCCCUGAAAGACCUGUGACAAUCCCAUAGAGUGUAAGAUUUUAAAAGCAUUUUUUCUGUUGUUGCGUUCCAGAUGUUACUUCAGAUAAGUUGGUUUUACCCCUUGCUGAAUGUAGAAUGUUAUUAUUAUUAUUAUUAUUACUAUUAUUAUCAUCUUUUUUUACAGUGGAACAAAAGGGAUGCUAUUAUCAAAAAGGAGAAUUGGCCUUUGUUAUAUAUUUUUGUAAUGGUUUAUAUUAAUUCUGUAUAAGAUUUUCCAGGUUUUGUAUUUCAUCCUGGUGUUCAUGAAUGAAGUCACCAAAACAGUGAUUGAAAAUAGAUAUUAGCCAGUAAUUCUUGGUAGGCAAAAAGAGUAGUAUUAUCUCUCUCUCUCUCUCUCUCUCUCUCUCUCUCUCUCUCUCUCUCUCUCUCUCUCUCUCUCUCUCUCUCUCUCUCUCUCUCUCUCUCUCUCUCACCUUUCCUCCCUCAUUUCUUAAUAAUGUAUAUGUAUUUAUAUGCAUCUGUGUGUGCAUGUAUGUAUAUAUACAUUUUGAUUAUUGUUUUUUCAAAGCUGCCUUCUUCCAACUAAGCCCAGAAUAUUUCCCCGCUCACCAUCCAAGCUUUAAACCUUAAACAAGGAGGGUUCGCAGUCUCUUCAAAGCCAAGUGUAUCCGCCGCGUGCAGCAGAAGGUUCGCUUUCAUAUGUAGCAUAUCAUACCUCUGUGUAUCCUCGGUGUCUUUGAGCAUCUCUCUGUGCGCACGUGUGUGACCUUCAGUCGUGCUGUGACCGACAACAUACUUUUAAUGUCUUUUGUCACUAGCCUCGUUAUUUGUUUACUUAUUUAUCAUCAUUAUUAUUAUUGUUAUUGUUAUUAUAUUUUUUAUUUAUUUAUUUUUUUUUAUAAGAUUUGGGAUGAUCAUCAUUUCUAUGUGUAAUGAUGUAUAUCAUUAUUAUUGUUAUUAUUCCUAUAGCUAUGGCCUUUAUUGGUUUUAUAAUGAUGAGAAUUGUAAGGUUGUAAUAAUAAUAAGAAUAAUAGUAAUAAUUAUUGUUUUUUUCAUAUUUAUUAUUAUCAUCAUCCUCAGAAGCAGCAGCAUUAUUAUUAUUGUUUUAACUUUUUUUUUUUUUUUUUAAUGAAGAUUAUUGCUGUUCUCAUUGGCAUAACAUUCUAAUCCUUGUUUUUAAUGCAGUUUUGACUAUCUAUUAUUCACUAUGGUCUUGAAAUACCAGUAUGUAGGUACACCUUUGUUAAUUUCUUGUGGUUACAAGUCUUUCCUUAAGCCAGCAAAAGUACUGACAUGAACAUUGUAAAUAAAGGAUCACACCUUCCCAAAAAUACUUAGAGGAACCUGUUAUGAACAUUGUACACAUGCAGUUCUUUAGUUUAGUGUCCAAGAAGUGGAGUAUGAUAUUGCUUGAGGUUGAAAUGUGCUGUUAUUUUGAUAAACCUAAGAGGGAGUCAUGCACAUGUGCACCUAUAUACAUUCAUGUACAUAUAGAUACAGACACAUUCAUGUACAAACAUAAUGUGCACACACACAUAAUACACAUGCACAUACAAAACAGCAGCAUUUCCACAAGUCUCCUUUCGAUAUGUGCGUGUUAAAGACCUCAAAAUUCUUAUGAAAUGUUUUCAUUUAACUCCAGGGAUCGAAUAACAAGUUGAGCUCAUUGUUGGCCGUGGAGUUUGGAAUUACCUUUGAGCAAGCAAUUUAGGUUACAUGGGAAUUAAGGCAAUCUUCUCUGAAGCAUUGAGGAAAAAAUGGUAUUGUUGGCUACGUUACUUUGAUGAGAAUCAGACCCAGUUAGUGAAUGGAGGAUAUACUGAAUUAUAUAUAUUAAAUUAUGAACUUUUCAAUAAAUUUUGAAGUUAUUGAUGGGACAGUUAUUGACAGUUUAUGUACAGUUAUUUACAGUUUAUUUUUGUAUAGAGAUUAUAACCUUCAACGACAUUAUUGCCAUUUUCACAAUUGUUCUUGUUCAUUUCCUGUCUGAACUUGAAACAAUUGAAAUAAAUCAGUUUAAAGCAAAUGUGAACUUGCAGUUUUAACUUUUGAAAUCUUGGCAUUCAUAUAAAGAUAAAGAUUUGUAGAAUUGUCAUCUUUUCAGUUAUAUCUGAAAUUUGUAUGAAAUACAACUCCAUGUUUUGUACAUUAAAUUUGUAUGAUCUUUACACUUAAUGAUAAAAGAUACAUAAAUCAGGUGUAAAAAUAUAUUUAAUUUUCUUAGUACAAACUUCUGCACAUUAAGUAAGAUUAAGAGUUUGCUCAAAUGAUAAAGAUCUAGCUAAUCGAAGGUGCCAAUUUUUAAAUAUAUUUUCUUUUUUUCCCCGAAGUUAUUGAUUGUGGUUUUGUAGUAUUCAUGUCAAUAUUUCUAUGUUCAUAUUUUAUUGGAAAGAAAAGUUCAGAUGAUAAAAUUACAGAUUAUUUUCAUUAUGCAAGAAUGAUUUUCAAUCUUAAGUAUUCAAAGAGCAGCCCAUAGAAAGGAAAGGGAACUGCACUGGCUAAAAAUUCUUACAAAAUUAUGAUACCAAUAGUCCUAUUACUCUGAUUACUUUUGUAUCCUUUGUAAAGUGCUUAAAUCAUGUUCAGGUACUAUCUUCAGUCUUGCUUCCUGCUCAGUCUGAAUCCUUUGGGGCAGAGAGCUAUUCUGUGUCGCUGGUAGGCUUUCAUUUUUUAUAAGGUAGUCAUAGCCACAGUGUGCUCUGACAAUCAGUUAUACAGCAUAAUAAGGGUCAGUAGACAGAGUUUCAUUUACAUAGAAAUACCCACAUAUAUGUAUAUAUUUAUAUAUGGAUAUGUGUGUGUGUUCAUGUAAAAAAAAUUGUGCCUCCUUCAUUUAGAUAAAUAUAGGUGUCAUUUCUGCAUUCUUCAGUUGUAAUUAUUAAUGUCAAGAUAUAAGAUUUGCUAUUCUGUAUAAAUUUACAAAUUACCCAGAAAAUAAAAGAACAAUUUUUAUUGUAGUUUGGUUCAGCGUACCUGAUGUCCAGCACACUACUUAACGAGUAACAAGAAGUCUUAUCAUUGGCAUGUGUGUGCCCUUCUAGUGUAUGUCAUUCUAGUGAAUUUGAAGUUCCUUUAAAGCACAGACAUGGCUUGCAGUGCUGAGAUGUGCCUCUAAGGGCUUCGCUGGACACUUUUGGUGGGUCAUUUGUCUUGCAGUUGCUUGUUUCUGAGUAACUCAGACUGAAUGGAAACUGUUGAAAAAGGAUUUUUUUUAUACAAGGAUAUGAAUAGUUUUAAGACUAUUGUUUGUUAAUGAUAGUUUGGGAUUGUAUGUGCUUAGUUUGAAGAUCAACAAUAUUAACUCUAGAAAGUGUUGGGGAAAAAGUGGUUACUGUUAUAGAGUGAAAUAUCUAACUUAAUUAUUGCCAUUCUAAAAAAGGUAUGGAGAAUCUCAUUGUUCAGUCAUCAGAACCAGUGCAUUCAUUAUUCUGAGAAAAGUCCCAUUUUCCAGAUAUAUGAAAAAUAAAUCUGAAUUACUUUGUAAAAUGUAUGUUACACCAAUACACAGCCAUAUGUGUAUAGAAAAAUAUUCAAAAAGGAUUACUGAUUAUGCUCAUUCAUACUCUUGUUGAAAUGAUGACAUGAAUGUCAUGAUAAAGAUAAAGUCAAUAUUGAUUGAUUCUUCAGUAUUCAUUUGAUAUAGAGAUGUGCAGGUAUUUCUUGGCUUUUCUGGUUUUCAAAUAUGGCUGUGUAUGGACUUGUUAUGUUGCUGUUGCAAUUUGGGAUAGUAUGCUGAACUUUUGGCCCAUGAGGCUUUGAGUGAAAUGUGGCAGGUUUUUGUUCUCUCUCUCUCUCUCUCUCUCUCUCUCUCUCUCUCUCUCUCUCUCUCUCUCUCUCUCUCUCUCUCUCUCUCUCUCUCUCUCUCUCUAUCUCUCUCUCCCUCUCUCUCUCUCUCUCUCUCUCUCUCUCUCUCUCUCUCUCUCUCUCUCUCUCUCUCUCUCUCUCUCUCUCUCUCUCUCUCUCUCUCUCUCUCUCUCUCUCCCUCCCUCUCUCCCUCUCUCCCUCUCUCCCUCUCUCCCUCCCUCCCUCCCUCUUUGUUUUCUCCUCAUUUUUUCUUUUCCCCUCUCUUUCCUCUCCUCUCUCUUUUCUUUCUCCCUCUCUCACUGUUUUCUCCUCAUUUUUUCUUUUCUCCUCUCUUUCUUCUCCUCUCUCCUCUCUCUUUUCUCUCUCUUUCUUCUCUGUCUUCUCCCUUCUCCCUUUUCUCUCUCUUUCUUCUCUGUCUUCUCCCUUCUCCCUUUUAUUCUCUCCCCUCUCUCUUCCUUUUUUUAACAUUGCUCAACUUGUGUCAGAGUCAUAUCAGACAUAUUUUUCAGCUAAAUGAAAGAAAUUGUGAAUUCAUCCAGCCAGUUUGGAGAAAUAGGUAAACGUCAUAGAAUAAAAGAAUGAAUUUCCAACAAAAUAAUGGGAAAGAGCUAAAACUCAGUCACAGAAUUAGUGGCUUAUGAUUAUCAUUAUUUAUUAUUAUUAUUUUUCUUAUUAUUAUUACUAUUAUUUUUAUUAUUAUUAUUACAUAUUAUUAUUAUUAUUAUUAUUUAUUAUUAAUAUAUAUAUAUUUUUUAUAUAAUAGCCUGUCAAAUGAACAUAAUACUUGCAUAAAUAUUUCACAUACGGUCAUUUUUUUGUGUGUAAAUAAACACUUGAGGUACCAAUUCCUUGAUAUACAAACAUCAAUGUUCAUAAACUCUAAAAGGUAUCUUUACUCUAAUGUGCUGCAUAAUCUGAAAGAGUGUAAGAUGUUAUUUGUCUACUGCUUGCUACCACCCUAUGAAGUGUCAGGUAACAUAGUCUACUGUUUCAGUUUACACAUCAUUAUGAAGAUACAUUUGGGAGAUAGUGUACAUGCAUCACUUUAUUCCCUUCUGUAAUACUCCUUGUGUUGUGCCUAUUUUGUAAAUGCUUUUUAUGAACAAAAAUGUGUCAAAUAAUGUUAAUAAUUCCGGAAAGAAAUCUCAACUGUGCCAGAUGUCUAAUGUAUAUUAAGCAGUGUUAUGGUAAUGAUUUGUAUACAAACAUAAGACGUAAUCGUUUGUUAGACCUUCCUUAUGUCCUUGGUCUUCAAUCACAUAGGGGGACUUUUAUCUUUACUCUGUACACACUCAAUUCUUUCUAAUACAUUUAAUGUUAAUACAGUAUUGUUAAUUAAGAAAUCCAGCCAGGGUAAUUCCACAUGUGCUAGUAUAUUCUUUUUUUUCAAUGAUGUACAACUUCAUUUUACACAACUGAAUGUAGUAGAUUGUGUAUAUUAUUACGUAUAUCAUUAUUAGAAUAUUUUUGUAAGAUAAAGUAUAUAAAAUGUGAUUAACUGCAAUUCUUUUUCUGAGAUAUACUUCUGGUUCUGUCUCAGGUGGGGGGGGGGAGCCAUUUUUUAUUAUUACUGUGAUAUAAGGAAUGGACAAAACCUGAACACAGAUUCGAACGAAAGCGUAAUUUGGCCAUAGAGGAGAAACGUGGCAUCAGAAUAGUAGUUCAAAUGAUCAGUAAAUCCCUCAAGACUUCAUAUAUUUAGUUCUAAUACAAGAUGUUACGUCUCAUUCAGGAAACUGCUAAAAUCUCAGCUCCCUUCCAAAUGCUUUUCAUUGUCUUCCACAAGUACAUCAUCUUUACAUCUGCAUUAUUUUCUUUUUCUUUAUUGUCAGUUGUGAAUGUAUGUCAUUCGCAUGCAAGUAAAUAAAGAGAAGAAAUUCCAAUAGAGUAAAUUUUGGUUAUUUAAAUGGAAGAAAUGAUAUCUGUUUUCUGUGCUUCCAGUUAUAUUUCUUUAUAUACAGAGUAAAUGGUCACUACAAGUUCCUGUCAUGUGUACAUAUUAGUUUGUACUUUAUGGGGUGUAUGUUAUGUGUGGAACAUACAGUUUUUUCAUCACUAAAUUUAAAGUGUAUUCAGUAUGAGUUGAUGAAAGACCAUCCUCUGUCCAGCAACUGAUAUUGAGUAAAAGAAAAAAAGUCUCUGAAUAUAGGAUGUAAUGUAACUGUAUUACCUUUCUUCAGUACACAUUAUUUCUCCACAAAAGAAAUAAAAAGAGUUCCUAAAAGUUUCCAUUUAGUGAUUUUUCUUUGGAGAAAUGACAGCCAUAAUAUGUAUUCAUUGGCAACUACUUGUAGUUGCAUUUUGUACCUUAUAAGAACACAUCCUGUAGUGCAUAAUUUUCUGUUCACUCAUUGUCAUCCAGCUUCGUCUCUAAACCAACAUCACCCAACAAUGUUCAUUGCUCCUGAUUGCAGACAACAGUUUAAGAAUGUGCACAUAAGCUUCUUUAGUCUUUCGAGGCAGUGUGAUAUAUUGGCACAGAGCCAAGAGCCCUGUCUUCAACCACCUCAGCAAGGGCCAACAUUUAGCCGUCCUGUUCCAGGGAGACUAGAGUUUGCCAGUAAUUUCCAAGCUUAAGUAUUUUUUGAAGAAUUAGGGGACAAACCUGAAACCUGGCUGCUCCUGCAGUUAACUCUUGUAUAGUUGUUUUUAUAAAACUUACAAAAUGGCAGUGGAUGGUUGAGCUUCAUAUUUCUUUGAAGUGUUGGCUCCAUAAUUCUCAGCAAGAGAUUAGCAUAUCAGAACUUUUUACUGAGUGCAACAAUCAGUAAAUGUAAUAUAAUAACUAAGUUUUGAUAGAAAUUGCCCUCUUGGUUACUGUAAUCAGUCCAAUUGAUUAGUUAAGGAUUUCCGCCAUGCCAACAGCUAAUUACAGCAUUGAGCAUACUUGCACUAGCCAUGCAAGUUAGUUCUAUUCAUUCAGCCAGAUCAAGCAGAUAAGUUGCACACAAAAAUCCAGUUGAGGAAAAGUUGCACUGGAAUUACUGCUCCUGUUGAUGUUACUGUAGAUAUGCAGAUCCCAUGUCCUUACCUUGCCCUCUACAUACUCCUCUGGCACUAUGUGAGACUUUGAGAGAUUCCAAGAACCACUAAUGAUUCUUUGUAAUGUCUAGCAAAGUUUGAUUUCAUCUUUCAUGUAUAUGGCAAAGUUAGGCAAGCUCUGUAAUUUGUAAUAUCAGUUUUAUCCAUACUGGUUGGCUUUUAUUCACCCAGCUUCCUUUUGUGUAUAUUUCUUCAUGAUUCUAUAAGAAAAUGAUUUAUAGCAUGUGAAACAUUUCAUAGGAUAUAAUGCUAUAGUAUUUACUUUUGCAGUCAGUGUAUACUACAAAAUAAAUUCAUCAAUCCA